UUUGUCAACUAUAAUAUUUGCAAAUCGUGAACGUAUCUGCACUCAAUGGAUACGAGCAAAAUGCAAAUCAGUUGCAGUUCAACCUAAAAGGAAAACCCAUCAUGUUCGUGCCUCAUCUGUUUCUCUUUUCUAUCCUAAUCAACGCUCUGACGUGUAUGGAAACUCGCAACCUAACAAGACAUGAUAGGCAUGCAAGAGCUCUGCUGUAUCCAAGUCUAACGGAUUUACAGCUUACACUCUGCACAGUAUCGCCUGUUUUCAACAGAAAAUUUGGCCGACUUGCAACGAAUCUUGGUUUUCAACUUAACUUCCGCUUGCCGUGGCAGUUGGUUGAUUUUUACCGACCAACGUAUUGGGCUCGGGCUACAAGCGACAUCAUUACGGGUAGAAUACUUCCCGCAUCGGAAUCGGAAGAACACGGUCGUUAUUAUUACGAAUCUAAUGGUUUAACAGCUGGAAAGCUGUACAAAGCCACGGAAUCGUUUUUGGAAACCAUGGGUUAUCAUCCGGAUUGUUUGGUGAAAAGUGUUUGCGAGCUGGCUCAUACACCAUUCGAUGCCGGUGAGGAGCAUCUAGUGCAGGAGAUCAUUCAUUUUCUAUUAACACCUUCUGUGCAUCGAUCAUUUCACGAAUCAGAAACAAAAUUACGGAAACGCUUCGAGAAGGCUGAGACAGCUGGUCGUCGAAAAGUUGACUGUAACCGAAUGUACUCAAAGUGUCGUCAAUCAAUAAUUAGCUUCGUAACUGCAGUAGAUAUUGGCUAAUAAUUGCAUGAGUCGGUGUUUCGUUUUAUUCUAUUUUAAGAUGCAUUAAAGCAGCAUAGUAGCAUAAACGUGUUUAGC